GAACAGUUUUGUUUCUGUAGUUUUCUACUCGCUGUAAAACAUGGACAUUCACAAUUAUCUUUUUUUCAUGGUUUUCUCUCUUUUCAGUCCAGUUUUCACAGAUGAAGAUUAUGCACAAGUCACAGCAUGUUGUUAUUUCAAGGGUCCAGGUUUUAAAGAUAUUGAAUACAUCCUAUCAGCCCGUUUCAACAAGAAAUUAAUACAACAGUACAACAGCACAAGAGGCAACUGGACAGGAUUCACAGCCAUGUCAAUUGAAUAUUUAAAAGCUUGGAACAAAGACCCUUAUGACGCAAUGGAGAGAGCAUUUGAAAAGAACAUAUUGUGUACUAAGAACAUAGAAUUUAUCCAACAAUUGGGUAAUAUUAGCUCUGUACCCACCGUCAAGCUGAAUUCAGUGAAACACCCGCCCAUGCUUGUGUGCAGUGCCUAUAACUUUUAUCCAAAACAAAUCCGACUGACGUGGUUGCGCAACGGGCAGGAAGUCACCUCAUCGGUUAGUUUUUCUGAAGUAAUGCCUGAUGGGGACUUGUACUAUCAGAUUCAUUCCUACCUAGAGCCCACCCCGACUAAGGGAGAAAAAAUGACCUGCAUGGUGGAACACUUAACCCUCUCUGAACCAAUGCUUCAGGUCUGGGACCCCUCUCUUCCUGUGUCAGAAUGGAUCAAAAUUGCUGUGGGACUGUUUGGUCUGAUACUUGGUUUUGUGAUGUUGAGUUCCGGGUUCAUCUACUACAAGAAAAAUUCUAAAGCAAACUUCACUCUCUGUCAAGCAUUUUUAACAGGAAGCGUUUUGGUUCCACUGCAAGACGUCCCUGAAGUUGGAGCAACUUAGCAGUCAGAGCAAACAGUAGUAUUGUUGACUCCUUUCAUCCAAGAUGGACUAAAUAUGAAACUUAGUGUGUCUUGAGCCAUACUCACUAUUGGGUAAUCGCUAGGGUUGUAUGUGGUGCUUUUCAGAUUGUGGAUGAAAGCCACUGACUAGUAAAUGGCAGUUUGCAGAUAAACAUUGUAUGUUAGCGGCAAGAAGUACUUUACCGUAAUUGUUGUCAUAUAGUAUGUGUGAAGCCUUUGGGGUUGGGUGGUGUAAUUUCUGCUUGCAGCUAGAAUUAACGUUUGGAGAUGCUUAAAUUGACUGUUUUGAAUGAUUGUGUUUUUGAUACUCAGAGAGAAAAGCUUCUGAUGGGUUGGCUUUAAUGAUUUGUCCCUGAGCAUAUUCUAUGAGCUCCAUGUCAGAUUAGUUUUGGUAGGUGUUGUUAGAUUUGGCCAAUGGCCUCUGUUAUGAGACCAUCCUAUAGACAGUCAACGUGGGGUAAAAACUAAAUCACACUGACAUUUCCAAGAAGGAAAAUUACUUUAAUUCAGCCCUAUAUCUAUUUUAUGUAAUUUAUUUCUUUCAGUUUUUCAGCUGUUUAACAAUCACAAAUUUCCCCCGUAAGCCAAACACUGUUGCAGGUUAAAUAUUAGUAGUUUGACCAGUUAGGUUAAAAAUUGAGAAUGGACAAUGAGGGCCGGUAUAUUCUGUUUUUAGACAGUAAAAAAAGGUUGGAAAGGUGACUACUGAGUACUGUAGAAGCUGGGAGGGGAUUUCAAGGAUAACUGUGAAAAAGUUGCAGUGAUGUACAGUUGAAAAACAUAAACAGAAAUUGUAA